AUGUCCAAGACUAAGUCCGUUACCAAGAAGGGUGCUGAGAAGCCCGUUGACAAGACCUUGAGCAAGGUCAAGGACUCCGGUGUCUCCAAGGCUUCCCAGUCUCCCAAGGCCAAGAGCAAGCAGAUUGCUCGCGAGGUCGCCUCCAAGGGCGAGAAGUCUAAGCGCAAGAAGAAGGAGCCUACUCCCAGCAGCAGCUCUGAGUCUGACAGCGAUGAGGAGAUGGAGUCUUCCAGCUCCAGCAGCGAGAGUGAGAGUGAGGAGGAGAAGCCUGCCAAGGAGGUGAAGAAGGCCGACAAGAAGAAGGCCGCUGAGUCCUCUUCCGAAUCUUCCUCUGAAUCGGAGUCCGACUCUGACAGUGACGAAGAGAUGGAGGACGCUUCCAGCAGUGAGAGCGAGGAGGAGAAGCCCGCUAAGAAGGAUUCCAAGAAGGAGUCUAAGAAGGCUAAGGACUCCUCCGACUCUUCCGACUCUUCUGAGUCUGAGUCUGAGUCUGAGGACGAGAAGCCCGCUAAGAAGGAGGUCAAGAAGGUUGAGAAGGCUGCCGAGUCCUCCGACUCCUCCGACUCCUCCUCCGAUGAGGAAGAGGCUCCCAAGAAGGCUGCUAAGGAGGCUAGUGACAGCGACUCUUCCGAGUCCGAGUCCGAGUCUGACAGCGAGGAGGCUCCCAAGAAGGCUGAGAAGUCUUCCGAUUCCAGUGACUCUGACUCGUCCGACUCCGACUCUUCUGAAUCUGAGUCUGAAGACUCUUCCAAGGACUCCAAGAAGCGCAAGGCUGAGGAUGAUGUCUCUGCCACUCCCAAGAAGACCAAGACUGAAGAGCCUGCUGCCGGCGCGUCGGCCAACCUCUUCGUUGGAAACCUCUCCUGGAACGUGGAUGAGGCCUGGCUCCAGAGUGAGUUCGAGGAAUUCGGUGAGCUGUCUGGCGUUCGUAUCAUGACCGAGCGCGACACUGGCCGCUCUCGCGGAUUCGGUUAUGUCGAAUAUGCCAACGCUGUUGACGCCGCUAAGGCUUUCGCAGCCAAGAAGGACACCGAAAUCGACGGUCGCAAGAUCAACCUUGACUACGCUACCGGACGCCCCGCCAACCGGGACCAGGGUGGGUUCCAGGACCGGGCUCAGGCUCGUGCCCGUUCCUUCGGUGAUCAGGCCAGCCCCGAGAGCGACACUCUCUUCGUCGGCAACAUCCCCUUCAGUGCUAACGAGGACUCUCUGCACGAGGUGUUCGGUCAGAAGGGAAGCAUCAUGGGCAUCCGCCUGCCGACCGACCCCGAGUCUGGCCGCCCCAAGGGCUUCGGAUACGUCCAGUUUUCGUCGGUUGAGGAAGCUCGCGAGGCCUUCAACGAGCUGAACGGUGCCGAGAUCGAUGGCCGCCCUGUUCGCCUGGACUUCAGCACUCCCCGUGCCAACAACGGCGGCGGCGGUGGCGGCGGUGGCCGUGGCCGUGGCGGCUUUGGCGGACGUGGUGGUGGUGGUCCCCGUGGUGGUGGCCGCGGUGGUCGUGGCGGCUUUGGCGGACGCGGUGGUGGUCCCCCCAACAAGGCCCGUGGUGGUAUCCCCGAGUACAAGGGUACCAAGGUCACCUUCUAA